UUUAUUUCAAUGUCUACAUCACUUUGCUAAAGAUUCAUUUAUUUCCUCAAUUUGUUUUUAUAUUGUACAUUUAGGCAAAAACAUUUUCAUGAAAAAAUAAAGUUCAUAAAAAAUGUUUUGCAUGUAUUAAGUACAUUUUUUUUUAAAUAAGCAAAAUGGAAAUCUAAACAAAACUUCGAUAACUUGUGAAUACCUCAUGAUCUUUGUGUAUUUGUGGCUGUCUGUCAUUGACUUCAAGAGGAGAAGGUGUAACUGAAGUAAAUUUAAGAUCUUCAAACAUUAUAGAUUUCUACGCCAGGGAAUAAAUGGACUCCAAACCUGCACAUUCAAUCCAGAAUUUACGGAGCAUGUUUUAUUUAGUGACUCCAAAUGAAACAUCCUACGAGAGAGUAGAAAAUGUGCCAGAUUUUAGACGUGAGACACUUCCAUAUUUCAUCGCCAUGUUUUUGUUGGAGUGUUUCAUGUUGAGACGUCAAGGAAAGAAUUGGCCACGAAUCAAUGAUAGCGUAAAUAGCAUCUCACAUGCAGUGUUGAGCACGCUACCAAUGCUCCUCUUCAGAUCCACGGAGAUACUGACAUACAUCUGGAUCUACGAUAACCUUCAUUUCGUGGAUCUUCCUUGGGAUAAUCCAUGGACAUGGAUACUUGGCAUGCUGACAGUGGACUUCCUGUUUUAUUGGUUUCACCGGAUAGGUCACGAAACUAACAUUGGCUGGGCUACACAUCAUGUCCAUCAUAGUUCGGAAGACUACAAUUUAACAACAGCUGUUAGACAAUCAAUGUUUGACCACUAUUUUAAAAUGUUGAUUUAUUCUCCGAUGGCUUUAUUUGUUCCGCCUUCAAUCUUCUAUGUUCACCUGCAGUUCAACUUUUUGUAUCAACUCUGGAUUCAUACAACGGUCCUACCUAAUUUCGGUCCACUGGAAUAUGUUCUGAACACACCAAGUCAUCAUAGAGUACAUCAUGGAAGAAAUCCUGAUUAUGUGGACAAAAACUAUGCUGGAGUUUUAAUAAUAUGGGACAGAAUGUUUAAUACUUUCCAAGAAGAAAAGGAAGAAGUUGCCUAUGGAUUAUGCUUAAGAAACAAAUUUUGGAACCCUAUCAAAGGCCAGCUAUAUUACUUUCCUCUGAUGUAUAACAAGAUAAAAGAAUACCCAGAGUUUGUCAAUAAGUUAUUCGUUAUUAUCAAAGGACCAGGCUGGAAACCGGGAUACCCUUGGAGAUUUCCUCCUGACCGUUUGCCUAAGGUAAAGCAACCAAUUGAGAAAUUUGACAGGAACCUCAAAUCUUGGGCCAACAUAUAUGUGAUAUUUCAUUUCUUGUUAUUGAUUACUUUCUACUGUUACACCCUCUGUGAUCAGUUACGAACAUUCCAGGCCAGCUUUGGACUUAUGUUGUUCAUUCUCUAUUCGCUGUACACUUUUGGUGCUUUGUAUGACCACAAUGCGUGGUCUUAUCUUCUGGAGUUUUUGAGAUGUCUGUCGUCUCUACUGGUCAUCUAUUUGACACAAGAACAUGUCGGCCUUGGUACUGACCAUGUUACUGUUCUGAAUGUCAUCUUUGCAGCGUCCUCCUUGGGCUGGAUCUUCCUCUACAUGAAAAACAUCAGCAUUUAUAUGUAGCCUUGACAUUGGAUUGAGACAAAGUUGAGAUGCCAAAACUUGACUAUCAAAAACAAACAAACUUUUUUGCCAGUUGUGUCGCUAGAGGUAUGCGGAGGGUGCAAACUGAACUGGGUUUGACCCACUACGAGAUAACACAAAAUGUUCUGAUCUGAAAAAAAAAUGUGGUGGCGGGGGGGCGGGGGGGGGGAACCAAACAAAAUUGAGAACCACUGAAUCAAAAGUAUUCUUGGCUUUGAACAAGCUCACAAAUUUUAAAAACUACUUUAAUGCACACAUGCGUUUUUCACUUCGAGUUUUUUUAUUUUGUAGGUCAGGCCUAGUAAUUUUGUAUUGUGUAACAAUCAAUUAGCUUCUUGUAUAAUAGUUCAACAAAGAACAAACCUUUGAUAGAGUCUAUUGAGGGGGGGGGGAGGUGGAGGGGGAAUAAAGUGGUGAUGGGGGGGGGGACACUAAGACACCUACUCUAGCGACGCCACUGCAAAUUAGAACCUUUUUUCAACGUGUUUCAAUUUGCUGUAUUUACAAUGUAUGUUACUAUAGUCUACAUAGCCUCAAGAGUUGUGGGCCUUAUAUUGUACUGUGUUAUAGAUUUAAUAAUCUUAUACUAUAAAGUAGAAAGUAAGGCGUAUGUAUAUAUGUUACGAAUAGAAAUCAAAACCGUUUGACCAAUCUUGAUGAAACUUGGCAUAAAUGUUCCUUGGGUACUAACUGGGACCGUAGUGUAUGUAUUGUAGCUCUAAAACAAACUUAAGACAUUCAAAAAAAAAAAAGUUGACCGACUCUAUGAAAAUAUUAUAAGUUCAUCGAUCUAGGCCAUGUUUACCAUGUAGGCUAUAAAUCGAAAGGAUCUAGAUCUAGAUCUAAUUUUAAAAACUACAUUUUGCACAUACAAUUUUUUACUUUGACACAUGAAAAUACAAAAUAUAGUCUAUUGAUUUCAUUAUUUAAUAAAAUUAAUCUUCAAAUUUGUGUUUCAAAAGCAUUUUUAGAUAAAUUCGUUAAUUUUAUUAGUGAAUUUAGAAUUCCUGACGUAAUUCUUUCAUUAGACAAUACCGAAAUGCUAGACAUCUCUCUAUUUCUAAAUAUAAAACUCUAAUUAAACUCUAAGAUGAUAGAACUUCUCUUCGCAAAGAUAGUUUUAUACUUUAACACAUGAACGCACUAAUUAUAGGCCAUUCAUUGCAUAUUUUAAUCAAAUUAACAUUCAAAUUUGUUUUUCUAAAGCAUUUUUCAUACAUUCGUUCGCUAAAGCUGAGAAGCCGUAUUGAUAUAUAUUCUAAUAGUUCCAUUCAUGAAUCGCCUACAUCUAAUAAAAGGGUUACGCAUGCGCAGAGCGAAGUCUUCACGCACGAGCAGAACAAACUCUAUCCAAGCCAAUAUUUAACUCUAGAUUAGUCUAGAACUAUCCCUAACUCAAGAUCUACUUUAUACUUUAUCACAUGAACAUACAAAAUUAAGUCAUUCAUUUCAAAUUUUAAAUAAAAUAUCCGUAGGCCUACAAGCAAAUGUUUUUAUUGAAAAAAUGUAUUUAAGUAGAUUAGCUAUUUUGACAGCUCCAUUCAUACUAUUUUACAUUCUUGCAUUCCACAUUCGCUUUACUUAUAACAUUAUUAUUUCGUUUAAUUAUUUACAAAACAUUCUCAGUGACUAUAUCGACAGUAAUACGCAAAUUAAGACCCGCGAGUCGCGGGUAAUAUAUGUACUAGCCUGGCAUUACCCGCGGCCUGAGGGUCUAAGUUUGUGUUUACUUAUUUAGUGGAUUGGAUUUAGAUGUAUGUUAAACUUAGCUAAUGAUCCUUUCAAGUUAUUUCUCUUUCGCUAGGAAAAUAAAAUUAGUUUUGCGAAAAUGGGUUUACCCGAAGCCGAUUCCUAUAUAUCUAUUAAAAACGAAAAGAGCGAUAGAUUAAUAGUACAAUUAAAUCGGGUUUACCCGAUUUUUAAAUGAAUGGGAUUAUAAAGUAAACAAUUAAACGAAAUAGUACGCGAUUCAUUACGGUAUUGUCAAAUGAAAGAAUGUUCGUUAGGAAAUCUGUAGUCACAGAUAUAAGGAACUAAUUUAUGUAAAAAAUGCUUUUGAAACGGAAAAUUGAAGGUUAAUUUUAUUAUAUAAUGAAAUCAAUGGAUCUUCUUUUGUAUUUUCAUGUGUCAAAGUAAAAAACUAUCUGCGCAAAGUGUAUUUCUUAAAAUUAGAUCUAGAUCUAAAUCCUUUCGAUCUUUUAUCAUGUCAACAUUGUAAACAUUGCCUAGAUCCAUAAAUACUAUAGCUUUAAUAGAGUCGGACAACUUUAUUUUUUUAGGGUCUUACGUUUGUUUUAGGGCUACAAUACAUACACUACGGUCUAAGUUGGUACCCGAGAAACAUUCCUGCCAAGUUUUAUCAAGAUUGGUCAAGCGGUUUUGAUGUCUAUUCGUCACAUACGUACAUAAAUAUAUACAUACAUACAUACAUACAUACAUACAUACAUACAUACAUACAUACAUACAUACAUACAUACAUACAUACAUACAUACAUACAUACAUACAUACAUACAUACAUACAUACAUACAUACAUACAUACAUACAUACAUACAUACAUACAUACAUACAUACAUACAUACGUUCGGUCGUCUCGAUGGUCCCGGUUUCAUACCCUGCCCGCUGCCAUCCUCAGUUGUCCUGAGAUGGUUUGUACUAGGAAGCAGAUUAUCUUCAACUGUAAAGAAACAUUCGAAACAUAUAAAACAUUUUACAAACAAAACACUGGCCUUAAAAACACCACUACUUUUUGGUCUAGUCAUCUGAAAGGAAAACGCAGAAGAGGGGAGUAUACGAACCAUUUUAUUUUUCAAUGGUGGGUAUCGUCACUGGUAAAAGGUUAGAAACACUGCCUGCAGUGUCUUCAAUUCCAAAUAUUAAGGAUGAGUGCAGUGUUUUACAUGACAACGCAAGACUCUUGUAUUGUAUAUUUUACUAUUUGAUAUUUCGUUUUUAACAGUGUAUAAAACUUUGAUAUUAGGAUAGUAGUCUAAUUGUAGACCUACUACUGCUCCCUGUAGUCUUCUACAAUCAUUAAAAUCCAUAAGCAACUGAAAAAAAAAAAAGAAAUUCAAAUUAUUAUAUAUAUAUAUAUAUAAUGGUUGUCUUACUGAAUUUUUUACAUUUAAAUAAAAUGUUUAAACCGGAUUAAAUAUAACAUAUACUUAA